UUAAGUAAUCACAGGUUUAAUAUUUAACAUCAGUGUAAACUUUGUUGACCGCAACUUUGAAAAAUAAUUUAAAUAAAAUGAAUGUUAUAGAAAAUUUUGGACCAACAAUGAAUUUUGGAUCUGAUUUAAUGGCUGCAGAUUGGAUGAAUGCUGAAGCCAGUACAGGAACUUCUAUUAUGGCCUGUGAAUUUAAUGGUGGAGUUGUCAUUGGUGCUGAUUCACGUGCCACUACUGGAGCAUACAUAAGUAACAGGACAGCGGACAAACUUACCAAGAUUACUGACAAUAUUUAUUGCUGUCGUUCUGGUUCUGCAGCAGAUACUCAAGCAAUUGCAGAUAUCGUUGGUUACCAUUUGGGCUUUCACCAAAUGGAACUAGGUACACAGCCACGAGUUGAGACAGCAGCAAAUGUAUUUCGUGAAAUGUGUUACAAUUAUCGUGAUUCGCUAGUUGCUGGUAUUCUGGUAGCUGGAUACGAUUCACGAAAAGGCGGUCAAGUUUACAGUAUCCCAAUAGGAGGAAUGUGUGUCCGACAACCAAUUUCAAUAGGUGGUUCUGGAUCAACAUACGUCUACGGUUACGUUGAUGCUCAUUACAAACCCAACAUGACCAAGGAAGAAACUGUCGAGCUUAUUACUAACACUCUGGCACUCGCAAUGAGCCGGGAUGGAAGCAGUGGUGGUGUAAUUCGUCUAGGAAUAAUAACAGAAGCAGGAGUCGAACGUCGUGUAAUUCUUGGUGAAGAUUUACCCAAAUUCUUCGAAGGGUAAUCACUCAACAAUUUCCAUAAAAUGGAUCAAUUAAUAAUUAAAAUUCCCAUGUUUUCAUACAAUAAUUAAAAUAUAAUAUUACGUAUGCAAGGUUGGUUUAUAAAUAAAACAAAAAUGAUUUAAACGUACAUAUAA